GGAGACGGGGCCAACCGGCCGCAACCGUUCGCGCACAGUGGAACUACAUAUAGAAGUGAGCGCGACUCGCGAAGCGAUUCAGUCCUCUCGAAACCACGCGGCAAAAGACAAUUCCUGGGUAGGCGCGGGGAACAACAAUAACCGCGAAUUUGUUCGCCGAUGUGCCGACCAUAUUCGUGAAUUUUUAUGAAUUUUUGACGAGCGGGAUUUUUUCUUGACAUACAGAAAUACAUCGGAAACGAAUCUUCCGGCCAGAUCUUCGCGCAAGAUCUGUGUGCAACGCUGCAACUGCGAAUUCCUCUUCAGUUGAUCGCCUAAUUGCGCCGACAUGGAGCAGAAUGGUAUCUCCAUAAUAUCGCCGUCGGGUGUCACGGAAAACUCCGCCAGAAAGUCCAAAAGUAUCGGCAUCACGUUCAGAUCCAAUAGUGCAAUACAGUCGGCGAAGGAGAGGCUGAAGGCACCCUGGAUAAAGAAGAAGGAGGAAGACAGUACGUGGGACAAGUCCAUGGCUGUCCUGGCAGAAUUGAUUGGAACCGCAAUUCUGGUCUUUCUGGGAUGCAUGGCGUGCUUGGGCGGUAUGAAGCCGUAUAAAGCUGGGGAUGGGCCGUCUCUCAUACAUAUCGCCUUCGCUUUCGGUCUCGCCGUUAUGAUCGCUGUGCAGUGCGUUGGCCACAUCAGCGGCGCCUACCUCAAUCCGGCUAUUACGUUCGCCGCAGUGAUACUCGGCAAGAGGUCCCCUAUGAUGGCCGGAUUCUACAUCGUUGCACAAUGCUUGGGUGCCAUGUUAGGUUACGGCCUGCUACAGAUAAUAACGCCACCGAGGUUGACGCAUGAUGGUGAUUCAAACACAGCCGCCACGUUCUGCACGAAUAACAUUAAUAGCAAUCUGUCGGGCGCUCAGGGACUCGUGGCUGAGGCUUUCGCUACGGGCAUAUUUGCCUUUUUCGCCUGCGCAAGUUGGGACACGCGAAACGCAAAGAACACCGACUCACUGGGGCUGAAAUUCGGCCUGUGUGUCUCCAUGCUGUGUCUCGCUUUCAUCCCUCACACCGGCUGCAGCUUGAAUCCCGCUAGAACGUUAGGACCGGCUGUCUGGAACAACUUCUGGGAACAUCACUGGUUGUACUGGGUGGGACCGAUCGGAGGCGCCAUUAUCGCGGCGACGAUCUACCGAUGCUUCUUUCUGAAGAGUCAAGAGACCACCACGCAGGACAAUGGAACUUUGAACGGCAUCGAGACCUAAACAGAAAUCCGAGGAACUGAAAUUGCAUUACGGUCGUCGGUGGUUUACAAAUUGAAGACGAGAGAUCCUGAUCGCGUUGGUAUUUUCCCCGGUUGAGAAAGAGAAUGUUGCAAAAGUUGCGGCGGAAAGAAGCCCCCAUGCGGAGCGAUGGAAGAGCAGAUCGAACGGGCUUAUUCGGAACUUUACUGAUUUCUACUUCCAAGACGCUCAGGAAACGUCCCAUUUGAAAAAAUCUCGUGGCUCGAAGGAUCGCGAUGCAUCGAAGGAUUGUCACAACGCGACAAGGAUUCUUACGUCGUAGACUGAUGUGAUGGAUCAUUGUUGUACAAAAAUACGAUAUAUAAUAUUAAGAAACCGCGUGCUAACAUUUGUUAGCUUUAGCUGUAACUUUAGAUGCAGUAGAUGUGAAAAUUUUUAGCAUGUUCGUUGUAGUAAUUAUAUUUUAUUUACUUUGUCCGCGUCACGGCCGUGCAAGACACUGUGGAAAUGCAUUUUUUCGAUAUAAAAUAUAAAAUAAAAUAAAAAUUAUAAAUUCUUAUUCCGAAAUAAAAUAAUUAUAAUAAAAUAAUAAUUUCGGAGCAAGAAUACGCAGAAUAUUGCUGAUACAAAUGAUCUUCCUUAAAGGAUAAGUGUUGCUGAUCUAAAAGAUAAGCAAUACUUAUCCUUUAAAGAAGAAAAUUCUGAAUAAAAUUUUGAAAACUUUAUAUUUAGAAAAUCAGAACAUAUGAUAAUCAGUGUUGGAUGCAUUUCACAUAUCCAUACCGAUAACGUGUGUUUGAGUUAUUGCCCAGCCGUGACGCGUAUUUAUAUAUUUAUAUUUUUGCUACGUAGUCUAGGUAGUCUCUUUUCACCGCCAGCACCUUCGAAGGAGAUCGCUCUAUGUCGUAUAACACGAAGCGAAGCACCGGAAUAAUGCAUGAUUCCGUCUUCUCUAGCAGUAUACAUCCAGUUUCAAGUAUUAACUCUCCCCCAUUCCGUCCCCCCCCCCCAUGUUUCUCUUUACUUUUUCAUUACUUUGUAACGCAAAGCGCACGCGUAGACGAAAUCUCUCUCAUCGCGCGCGUAUCUCACGUGCGGCGGCGCCGGCCGUUGCGCGGCCAGUCUCUCGCCCGCGCGCUUUUUAUUAAUUAUUAGCAAAUUUAUGGAUUACAGACUCGGGCUCGCUCGCUCGCUCGCUCGCUCGCAAUUCCACUAAAUUCGCCGUCAUUAUAUCGUAUGCGAUACAGCUCGUUAAGACCGACGUUGAGAUGGCUGCUCUCGCGCGCAGCAGCGCAACACGCGGCCGUUCUCUCUUUCCCUCUCCCUCCCUCCCUCCUGCUCUCUCUCUCUCUCUUUCUCGUAUCCCUGCUGCGACGAAAUUCGAAAUAACGGAAUUAGUCUCGGUGAAUUCAGGAAAUUACCUCCACAUCGCCGUCGGUCGCGCCAAAGUUUUAAUUGUACUCGGUACGUAUCUAUAUACACGCGCCGUGUCGAGCGUGAUCGUGAGUGUCCAUAUAUGCGUGUGUGUAUGCACGCGAUUGCAAUUACGUACCGCGGCUUAAUGUACAUGUAAAUAUAAGAUACACAUUUCGGACUAUCUCACCCCGCUUCCCCCCGCCCCUUUGGCCACCUCUCUUGUAUAGAUAACAAUAACUUUAAGAGCCUGAGUGCGAAACCGCGCGGUAGAUUCUGGAUCCGGAAUUCGCGAGCUUCGUUUGUUGCGCGAAGCGAUGUCGAGGGGAGGGAGGAGAAUAAGAUCGAAUUUCGGAUUACAUUCGAAUGUUGCACGUGUGCGUUCGGAAUUGUAAUGGGAUAUGUGGCUUCUCGAACAAAUUAACGUAUACGAUGUAAUUUUAACGAGUUGUGAUUUUCCUCUCCGAGGCGCGCAUUCGUGCUCGUGGAGCAAAUUUGUACUGUAAGAAUUUAUAUUGUAGAAAAGUGGUACAAUUAAUUUAAAAAAAAAAAAAAAAAAAGAAAUUAAUUUUUCUCCUUUCUAAAAACCAGCGCCGAGCGUAGCCCGCGAGCAUCUGCGAUGUAAGCAGCUUAGAACUGCGCGGCAAUAAAUAUUCCGCGAAUAUGCAAUUUAUUGCAGGAUUACGAUUUUACUACCAGUAUUUCCAAGUGAGCUAGUAUCUUACAUUCAUGCCGCGCAGUGCGUUUUCCAUAUAUCGUCACGUCAAGAGCUACGAAAAAUUUAUUAUUCGCAUUUUAUCGAUAACAAUUUAAUAUGCAGAGAAAAAAUAUAUAUAUUUGUGCAUAUCAUACAGACGGGUCAAGAAUGUUACUUGUUGUAUAAAAAAGUAGCCACGUGACGAUCGUAUACAAUUGAGAAGCCUUGAAAAGCCAGGCAGAAGGCUUGCGCAAUUACGGUAGAGGAAUGUAAAAAUAACGGCGCGAGAAAGCGAAACGCAUUGUCGCGAAAUUUAUAUAAAAAAACGGUCCGUUCCAAAAUUAGAAUUCUAUUUUAUUAUUAGAAAUUUGAAACUGACAUUCGCGAAAAUCGAAUAUUUUACGCGCGUAGGAAAAAUGACAUCAGUCUAAAAAUAAUUUAAAAAUUAAAGCAGAAGCAAAAGAGUUUGAUUAAUGAUAGAGAAAAAGUGUUGUGCAACGAAGUAAAUACGAGAAUACGAGAAUACGGAACUCAAAGAUAUAUAAUAAUGUCCUAUAAUAUCCCAGGCAUCUUUAGUCGUUAUUUGUUUAUUAGUCAAUCCUAUGAAUUCUCGGAGUUUUCCGUCAGUAUUGCAGAUCGCGAUGAAGAUUGGAAGUUUAACGGCAUAGAAAAUUACUUCCUAGCAUUGUUUGUGGUAUAAAAAGUUUCUCAGUCUCGGCCGUUGGUUAUAGUAGUAUCGAUUAAGGCACAAUUGCAGAAUCUGGUUAAGAUUUAAAAUCUAGUUUUUGUAUUUAAAAAUGAAUUUUAUUUUUUGUUAUCUUCCUUUCUCAAUAUUAAUAAUUUUAAUAUU